ACAGCCGCCACUAAACGAGUUGACAACGAUGCAAAAAAUGUCCACAACUACUUAAAUAAGAAGUUAACAGCUCGUGGAGUAAAAGACUGACAGAACUGCUGCCAUUAAAACAACCCGUUCUACUUUUUGGAGUAAUUAUCAGCGAAAUUGUCAACAUGAAUAAACUUCUCCUGAUGUUCUAAUCAGGAGUGUAGUUUUCCUUUUCUUUGGGUGUGUUAUUGUGAGUGAAGGCAUGGCUAGCAGCAGUGUGGACAUGGAUCCAGAUGUUGCUCGGAGGCUGUUUGAGGAGGGGGGCACUCUGGUGCUGCUCGGGGUCCCUCAGGGUACAGAACUGGGGAUUGACUGCAAGAGUUGGCAGGUUGGUCCCAGAUUCCGUGGUGUGAAGAUGAUCCCCCCAGGUCUGCACUUCCUUCACUACUGCUCUGUCAACGCACCAAGCUGUGGAAGAGAAAUUGGCCCCAAAACAGGCCUCUUCCUCAGUCUGAAACCCAGAGAGGUCCUUUUGGCCAACUGGGAUCCUAAGGAAGAAGAUCUGGACUUCUCAGCCUCCCAGAAUGAGGAGGAGCUGAGCAGGAUCAGAGCCAACCUGCGAGAGCUGGACCCUUACCUAGGUCCCUAUCCCUAUGAGCUGAUGAGAAAGUGGGUGUCCCUCACUGACCGUCUGAGUGAAGAAGUGGCUCAGAAGCUGCAGCCUCUGUCAGGUCGAGUGUGUGCCUUCAGUGAUGUGGUUCCUGAGCAUCACUUCGGAACCACUGAAGACAGAGCAGAUCAACCCAGGAAUGACACCGCCUGUCAGAGCAUGAGAGAGGGACUGGACAGGCUGCCCAAGAUGAAGCAGAGGGAGGGGACGGAGCUGCGCUUAUCUGUUAUCCCCCAAAAGACUUACCCACCUGGGGCGACACCAGCUGAGAUCACCCGCUGUAGUCUGGACCUGAGCUACGCCCUGGAGACGGUUCUGGAGAAGUACCAUCAGGUGCAGCCUCUUGACCUGCUGGGUGAGCUACAGUUCGCCUUUGUGUGUUUCCUGAUUGGAAAUGUCUACGAGGGGUUUGAACACUGGAAGGCGCUCCUGGCUCUGCUGUGCCGUUCAGAGGACGCCAUGAGAAAGCGCAAAGAGCUGUAUUUGGGCCUCAUCACCGUGCUCUACCACCAACUCGGAGAAAUCCCACCUGAUUUCUUUGUCGACAUCGUGUCUCAGAACAACUUCCUCACCUCCACACUACAGGACUUCUUCCAGUUUGCCAGUGGGCCGGGAGUGGACAGCACACUGCGUAAGAGAGCAGAAAAGUUUAAAGCUCACCUCACUAAGAAGUUUCGCUGGGACUUUGAGGCCGACCUGGACGACUGUGCUCCUGUGGUGGUGGAACUCCCUGAAGGUGUUACAGUGGACUGAGUCUACGCCGUUACAGACAUCAUACUGGAGCUCAGCAGGGAGCACGACCAAAACCUGAAUACUAGGAAAGAGACACUGAAGCAGAAAAUUCUCUCACACAGAUGGUGAUAACCAGAGCAUCCACAGUUCUCCAAGUUUACUGACUGUUUAUUUUCAGUGCAUUCUCAGAAAACCUGUUACUUUGUGAAGAGAGCGACUGUACACUAAAUGUGAGUGAUGCCCUCUGGUGGUGGUUUUCUGCUCAGCAAGCAGUUUGACAAAUUAACAUCCAUUUUCAUUUAUGUUUUGUUGAGUUAAUAAAUGACUAUACUAAAAAUGUCACACCAGACAUAUUGUCAUCUCUUCUAGAGCACUUAAUGCUAAGUAUUUCAUUUGCACAUGCAUACCUGCUAGAUUGCAACUAUAAACCUCAGAUCACCCAUGUUUGAGAAUUAAACUUAAGAUUUUUUUUUAUUUUUCUGUAAUCAAAGCAAGAUUUUGUGUCAUUAAUGAUUUUAUACUAUAAAAAUAAUGAUAAUAAUGGUCUAUGAUAAUACUAUUUUUCAUUGCCAAGAUGUGUGUAGAUUGGAAUCCUAGACCUUUUUAAUGGGAUUAGGUUUUUUCAUCAUUCAGGACCCACAGUUAACUUAAUAAAUGACACAAUUUUGAUA